UGACGACUUCAGUGAAAUAAAACGUGAAAAUGUCAAACCUUAAACCCACAGAAACUGGCAGGCGUGCACAUUUUACGCACAGGAUAAUUAUGGUGCCUUUUCGAAACAAUCAUUAUCCAAAUGUGGGUGUCCGGAAAUUAUGUAGGACAACGACGUUGUGUUUUUGUAUGUUGCCUGGAAAUGAGCUGGAUGAGGGCUUCAGUGUGUAGGAUCUGAGAAAUCGGGAGGGGAGAAAAAAAAGCAUCUGUCAGUAUUGGAGGGGGUCCUGAAACGUCACAUCCAAAGACGCUGGAAGGAGCCUGUUGAGGUCUGAGCACCACAAAGAGAGAGAACAACCGGCGGUGCCUUCACUGAUCACUGGACCACAGAACUUUACUACUUAUUACAAUCUUAAUUUUUUAAAAUUAUUUUAACCAUGGAGAGCUGCGGAUUGCCAUUUCUUAUUUUUCUAAUAACUUUUCCUCUCAUCGGUGGUUCACCUUUCCAGUAUAGCAUGUUUCAGGGCAACGCGUAUUCUGGCACCGAAACACGACAAAGAAAUAAGAACUGGUGCGCCUACGUUGUGCACAAAAACGUGAGCUGUGCCGUCGUGGGAGGCACAGAGAGUUUCGUGCAACCGGAGGCUUUACCGUGUCCACCGGAGCUGCCAAACUGUGCGCAACAAGUGAUAUACCGCACACACUUCAGGCCAAUGUACAAGAUUGCCUACAAGACUGUGACAGAGCUUGAGUGGAGGUGCUGCCCGGGGUACCAGGGCCACGACUGCAUGGAGGUGAAAGACAUUAAACUGCUCCAAGUGGAGCGUUUGCCCCAAACACCUUCUCCCGCUUCUGGACAUAUUCCAGUCCCACAAGGUCCAGAGGAGCGGACAGACAGCCGAAGAAACCAUCCAUGGGGGAGAGAAGGGCAGUUUGGAGGUCAGACAGGUCACAGGCCACAUGGGGGUCAUGGACGAUCUCAAAGUGCACAACACCUGGAGGAGGAGGUGCAGCGACUCUCCCAGAUGGUCCUUGACAUGCAGGCAAGAAUGACAGACAUGUCUUCAAAUCUGAGACUGGAUUUCCAGGAGGAUGCCAGUAAAAUGCUGGUUACACUUCUGAAUAACGUCAGACAGCCGGCCAGCGCUCGGGGCGCAGAGACCCAAACCAUUGACCUUCAGGACUUCUCUCUGGAGCGCGAGAGAACGCAGAUGGAUGAGGUCAUGAACAAGAUCAGCCAGGUCACAGACGCUCUGGAGUCCAAGGGUAACACCCUGAAUGACCUGCUGGGUCGUGUCAACAGACAUGAUGGACAAAUUCAUCUGUUAAUGGAGGCUGCUCAGACCCCGAUGGCCACGUCGCCUCCUGCUCCCCCGGCCAGUGAUGCCGACCUACGUGCCUACUUGGAUGAGAAGAUCAGCGCUUUGAGGGACGAGAUGAUGGAGGGCAUGGACAUCAAACUGGCGGAUCUGAAGAACUCCUGUGAUUAUAAAAUCCUGUCUGUUCGGGAGCAGUGUGAGGGACAAGAAGCCAACUACCUCAGCCUGGCCGAGCUCAUGGACUCCAAAGAAACUGACCUCCGCAACGAGAUCCAGGACCUCAAGAGCAAGCUGGUUGAUCCAGGAAAAGGAAACAAAGCUCUACCUGAAAACACCCGAGUGUUUGACUCUGUUCUGGCUCGUGUGGAGAACUUAGAGAGCCGUAUGAACUUAUCUGAGGGGACAGCGGCGGCGCAGUGCCUCUCAGUGGAGGAAAAGCUGAAGAGAGAACGGGCAGAGGCCAUCAAAGACCUGAGGGAGACUCUGGAGGACAAGCUGGGCUUAUUGGAAAACAGAUUCACCACCUUGUUGGUAGAUACAAGCACCAACUCCCCAUCUGACAGCCAGCAAGCUCUGCAGAGGGAAGUAACCUCUCUUAAGGGCUCUUUUCAAACUCUGGAGAAUAGAUUCAAAGUCUUGGAUCAGCUGUGCUCAAAGGAGUGUAAGGCUAAUUUGACUGUCAUAGAAAACCUUCAACAAGACUUCCAGAGCUGCAAAACUGCUGUCGAUGCUAUGGAGACUGGUUUAAAAGCCCAGUUAAAUGGCCUUGGAGCCAUGGAGGGUCGACUCCUCAAUUAUAGCACCAGCAUUGAGAACGUGCAUAGCAAGCUGAGCUCCUUGAGAGGGCGUGUUGGCAGGUUGGAAGACUCGCUAUCAGAUGUAGUCCACCAGAGCCUCAACUACACCCGGGCUCAAGUCAACACAGGAGCCGAGCAGGAGGCCAAGGACCUUUUGGAGCAUCACAGGACUCAGCAUCAAGAGCUGAGACGGCAGCUGGACGAGCUGGGCCGGGAGGUGAAAGCAGAGGCCGACCACUGCAGGGAGAAAACGGAGGAUGUCGAGAAGGAGAUCGCCCACAUUGACAGCCGGGUUGUUAGCGUCGAAAGUUUGUGCGGCAAGCUGGAUCCCAUCUCAGGUAGCCUCCAGAGGAUCAAAGAAGGUCUGAAUAAACAUGUGACUGGAUUGUGGACCUGUGUCAACCAGCUGAACAGCACAGUGAGAGCUCAUGCACGAGAUAUUGGCGGACUGAAGGGAACUUGUCAGAAGCUCCAGAACCAUAUCUCUGAUGUCACCGGAGACCUCCAGCUGCUAACGAACAGCUCUCCUGGGAAGACAGGUGUUCAGGGUGGUGUGGAGGACACGGGACAUCCUCAGGGUUCAAGUAAGGGCCUCGCAGUGCCGGCUGGCCCCGGGGAAGCCUCCCUCUCACCGCCGCCUGUGAUGGAGACCGGAGAGGCGGGUCCCCCCGGCAAGAUGACCUCGUCCAAGUUGCCUAAAGGGAUGGACGGCAGCAUGAUGCCCGUUAAAGGUUUUGCUGGAGCUCCAGCUUCCCCAGUAAAACCCACUGAACCUCUGAAAACCAGAAAGCCUCUCAUGCCAGAUGUGAACAUGCCCCAGAGACCCUCACCACAGAAACCCAACACAGCUUCAGGGGACAAAGUGUCGUUCUCAGCUGGUCUGACUCUUCCACCAUUUUAUGGAGAGGUUGGAAUAAUUCGAUUCAACAAGGUGCUGGUCAAUGAUGGAGGACACUAUGAUCCUACCACAGGUAUCUUCACAGCUCCCACGGACGGCCGCUACCUGGUGACCGCAGUGCUCGCAGCGCAGCGAGGUGAGAAGGUCGAGGCGGUCCUCUCGGUGUCAAACCGCAGCAUCCAGAGGUUGGACUCAACGGGUUUCCUGUCUGGAGCUGCGGCAGCACCGAUGUCACAUGAACAAUGUAACUGCAGCAGUUCGACCUCGCUGAGUCUGGUUCUCUCACUGAGGCGAGGAGACCGAGUAGGACUGGUCAUGACCACCGGACAGCUCGCCAUCUCCGCCUCCUCUGAGAUCCUGUCGUCUUUCAGCGCCGUCCUUCUUUACUCCAGCCCGUCAAAACGGUAGCCCAGCUCCUCUCAA